AGGUCAGAAGCAAAGAAAAAUACGAAAGUUUCUAAAAUGUAUGGCCCCUCCUCCACAUGACCCAACAGGUAACAGGUCAAGCCUCAUGACUUGACUCAGCCGUUUUCACUAUCAUCCUCCAAUAUUAUCAUCAACUCUUAUUCACACAAAUAUUCUCAAGUACCAAGAAUAUAUAUUUAACUCAUACAUACAAAGGUGAAUGAGAAUAUAUAACACAAAACUCAACACAUACAAUUUAAUUAAGACACUCCUUUAUUUGAUGGAGGUGAAGAGGUGCAACAGCCAAGAUGAUCAGCAGGAAAGACGCGACAGUAAAAUCUCCGGUGGCGGCCUCGUCGAUGGCGUAGAUGAUGAUGAAGGGCCGCUUCCAGGGUUCCGGUUUCAUCCGACGGACGAAGAGCUAGUAUCGUUCUACUUAAAGAGGAAGGUCGAAAAACGACGACCUCUUAGUAUUGAGAUCAUUAAGCAGAUUGACAUCUACAAAUAUGACCCCUGGGAUCUAGCAAAAGCAAGUAGCAGCAUAGGAGAUAAAGAAUGGUAUUUCUAUUGUAAAAGAGGAAGAAAAUACAGGAACAGCAUUAGACCCAACAGAGUUACUGGUUCUGGUUUUUGGAAAGCGACCGGAAUCGACAGGCCGAUUUACUGUAAUGAAGGAGAAGGAAACCAGUGCAUUGGUCUUAAGAAAUCACUAGUUUACUAUCGUGGAAGUGCAGGGAAAGGUACUAAGACUGAUUGGAUGAUGCAUGAGUUUCGUCUUCCGACUGAUCAGCACCAACAUGAUCAAGCGGCUAACUUCUCUAAACCAAAGGACACAGCCCCAGAAGCCGAAAUAUGGACACUUUGUAGAAUAUUCAAGCGAAACAAAAGGCAUACUCCUGAUUGGAGGGAAUUAUCUAGCAGAAAAAAUGCAGUGAACUCCAGCUCAAAAACAAGCAGCAUUGACUCUAACACUAAUCAAGCCUAUUACAUUAGUUUUGGAACUCAUGAAGUACAACCUAACAGUAGCUACAGUCAUCUUCAUGUUGUUGACGACGAGAACAAUAACAUCUAUUUAGGAAACAACCUCAAUAUUACUACAUGUGAUCAAAAGAACGUCAAUUUUCAACCAGAAUAUCAACAGCAGUGGAACUCUCUAGCACAUACUCCGUCAUCAACGACGCGAUCGAGCAUGAACAACGAGAAUGAUUUGCAGAGUUUUGCUUACUAUGGACAUAAUUGGGAUGACCUCAAUUCAGUUGUAGAAUAUGCUGUUAAUAAGCCCUUCCUGUAAAUAUGUAUAUAACAUAAUAAUAACAUAUAGGAUAGUUUUGGUGUUUUAAGAUUUUGGGUCGUGUUUUGCCCUAGGGAAGCUCUUGUACUUAUAAAUAUCGGUUUCCUUUUUAUAAAUGGACUAAUACAUAGUGCUAUGUUGAUGUUGUUA